GCGAGAGGAGCGUGAAGAAUUUUUUACUUUUGCUAUAAUCAAGUAUGCUUAGAUAUAAACUUGUCUUCAUGAUGUGAUGUGCUGAUGAAAAAUAAGUGACGUCAUGACUGCUUUCUUAUGCAUUUGGAAAUCAAGUAAGAGUAACUACUUCUACUAGCAUUAGCAAAUUCAAAUUCAAUUAAGCAAGGGUUGAGAAUGUUGGUAUAACGAUAUUGAUAGAGUGGUGCGCCGACUUAUGUACAGUGCAAACGGCUCUCCGGUUAAAAGUAUUGGAUCUACUACAGUGUAGCAUACUGGACAAGAUUUUUUUAUAACAAAUUCAGGCUCUCUACUUACGAGUUUAAGAUCCCCAGCGUAAUUGCCGCUCCUUCUUCUUGUCCACAGGUGAAUACAAGAAGAUAGAUGAUAGGCAAGGCAGAGCGUGCAUCAUACGAAAUACUUCAACUCCAUGGAAUGAACAAAGAGAUCGCAGUUAUUUCACUUACAUUCUGAUUAAUUAGAGGAUCUAUUUCAACCCUCCUCAAUUUCAUGCUCCAACAUGUGCUCCUUUUUCUCUCUUGGUUUUUUUCUAUAACUGUAGCUGUUGUCGUGUAGAAUCGUUUUUUACCUUCUUACUGAAGUAGAGCAGCAAAGAGGUGGAUCUUCCCUCAAAAGAAAAGUUUCUUUCCGGUUGCCGUUCCUUGCGAUUCCAACCUUCCGGCAGCCAACAAAUACCAUCGUGUAAGUAGAGCCAUCUACACGCAUCGUUGCUUGGACGCAAAUUCGUCGAUCGCCAAGUAGAUGUACAUGUACAUCUACGUAUUUGAUCAAGCAACAAGCCUGAGUUUUAGUCUGAUACACAAAAUGCAUGCAUCCUACAAAUUCGAAAUCGAUAAUUCGGGAGGAGAUUGGUCAAUUUUGUCUGUCCAAUUUUGCGUGCGCGAACAUUUCGAGCCUCGCAACGGAUUCAGAUUGUACAGAUUGUGGAUAUGCUUUUUGUGCAGUAGUUAGUCUUUCCAAUUUCAAGGUUAUUCUUCUCCUAACAAGUGGCUCUAUUUUCUAUGUGAUCGUGGUGGCAGAAGAAGUAUUGAGGUUUUCUUGCUUGUUUGUAGAAACAACAGAAUCUCUGUGCCGCGCAUUGCAGAGUGUGUUAGUAUUGAUAAUUUCGCAAUCUGUUGUAGGUGGUAGGAUGGUAACCAUGGAAGCAAGUUGUAUCAGGAAGUAGAAAGAGGGGAACUGCCUCAUGACAAUAGCAAGGCUUAUUACGUAUAAUGAGUAAGGAAAAGUAGUACUAUCAACAAAAGAUAGACCAGGUUAGGUAGUGUGACAGGACAAUUGUAUAACAAGCAGAUAUAGUUUACGCGGAUGAUUAUUUUCUCGAGAAGACUGUACCUUUUUCUUCUUUUCUUUAGCGCAUCAAAAGCAACGACGCAAAAUCAACGACGCAAGCAAUACAAAUGACGACACAUUCACAUUACACAAGAAUGAUUUUAAUCGUAUGAUGAAAAACGGAAU